AUGGGUCAGGAGAGCCAAGCAGGAGCGUGGGACGGGAGGCACCCAACCCAUCAGAUCUCAGAAGAGGCAGAAUUCAAGAGCGAGAUAAUCGACUCAGCCUUGCCACAACUUGACUAUGGCGACUCUUCUUCAUUCCAUGACACAGUGGGUAUGCCAUUAACCGACUCACUUGGCGGUAUUUCGACUUGGCCGUCACAAUUACAAUCCUCGGCCCAAACUAUGGUCCAGCCACCGUCUCACUUGUAUAGUGAAACGAUGCCGCUGGUAGACCCGACUUACGAAGACCCCGAAUACACCAUGGUUUUUCCUGUUCCUACAAAUUCUGAUCACAGUUUUGCCGCUCAGGCCAACGAACUCAUCAACGCGUCGUUAGGCCGGACUCCAGAUGGCAAUUCGGUCGUUGAUCCCGACUCAGUUCUGGGAGACUCGGGAAGACUUUACCAUGGAUACAAAAGUGGGAAAUAUUUCCUCCCAAACGACGCUGCUGAACAGGAUCGCCUUGACCUCCAACACCACAUGUUCACGCUCAUGUUAGAUGGAUGGUUCGGCUUGGCCCCAAUGACCACUGUCCCUGCUUUUGUACUCGAUGUAGCGACCGGAACGGGCAUUUGGGCCCUGGAGUUUGCCGAGAGAUUCCCCUCGUCGUUCGUAAUUGGGACGGACCUGAGUGCAAUCCAACCGGAUCCAAGAGUACCGAAUUGCGUAUUUCAGAAAGACGACUCUGAGGCUGAAUGGGUCUUCCCAGCUCCACAUCCCCAAGGAAUCAACUGUACAUUACCCUGCGAACAUCGCAUAAUGUUUGACUACGUACAUUUGAGGAUGGUUUGUACAUGUUUCGAUGACCCUCGUACGGUGAUGAAAUCAGCCUUCGACAACAUGAGCCCUGGUGGGUGGAUAGAAUUUCAGGAUGCCACUUUCGAUAUCACGGCCGAUGAUGCUAAUUGGGAAGGGUCACCCUUGGACCAGUGGUGCAAGGGAUGCGUACAAGGGGCAGCCAAUAGUGGGCGAGAUAUCUUGGUGCCCAGAAAUUACAAGCAAUGGCUGGAAGAGACUGGAUUUGUUGAUGUGCAGCAACGGCCGUUUGUAUUACCUUGCAAUCCAUGGCCAAAAGACAAGAAGCUGAAGGAAGUUGGUCUAUGGCAACUUAAGAACAUGAUGGAUGGUGUUCGAAGCACAGGUUGGAAGAUGUUAAGUCAAGCGGGCUAUACCCCCGCUGGCAUCGAGAGCCUUAUUAAAGAGACUCAGGAGUAUCUGAGGAACUGCAAAAACCACCCGUAUGCAACAUUUUGGGUCGUUUAUGGACGCAAACCAUAUUCAACAGAAGCACACACCAGUCAAGAUGCUUCUAGCUUUAGAUAG